GCGUUAGAUUGUUGCCGGUCUGUAAUGGCACUUCCGGCAGGCUUUUACGACGACGACGACGACGACGACGACGAAUUUGGGUUUGGAUAUGAGCCAACAGUUGAAAAAAGUAGCCAUAGUUUACUGCGUUCUUCGUCUGUUGAGGAGCCAGAGAAGGGACUUACGAACCAUCACUCUCAUUCUCUUCCCAACGGUAAUCCUACUAAUCCACAGGUAGACACAGUCACCCUGCAAGAUCUGCAAACUGCUGUUACGCGAGGCCAUGUGAAGACUGUCCAAGCCUACCUGCAGCAAGAAGACUGUGAUGUGGACGCCAUUCUUCCCAGUGGGUGGACUGCGUUGUUGCAUGCAGCCAACAGCGGUCAGCCUGACACAACACGUUUGUUGCUAGAGCACGGUGCCGAUGCAAAUUUCCACAAGAAUAUGUUUACUGCUGUAAUGGCUGCUAGUGUAGCGACCGGCCGUGACGAGAACAUAGCACAAUGUGUCUGUCUGCUGCUGCAACAUGGUGCACGUGUGAAUGCUCACGACCAUUCCAAAUCUACAGCACUCAUGUUUGCUGCUAGAGAAGGCCGCCUCGAAGCAGUCCGUCUACUGAUCGAGUACAAAGCUGAACCAAAUAGACAGGACUCAAGGGGAUGGUCUGCUUUGAGUUGGGCUUCUCAAAGAGGUCGGGUGAAUGUUAUCCGCUACUUGUUGGACCACGGGGCUGAUCCAGAACUUGCAUGUAAUGAUGGACAAACACCAAUUGAUCUAGCAUACAGCUGUGACCACACUGAUAUCAUUGAUCUUAUCCAAGCUAGCCUUCAUCACAGUCAGUCUGAACAAAUUGAGACAACUCCAAUUCCUGCACCCACGCAGUCACAGGCAUGCGCCAAAUAUGGUGAUCUUGAGCUCUUUCUGUGUGGCAUAGAACUUGGCAGUCUCGUCCCAAUCUUCCAGCGACAUCAGAUUGAUUUUGGAGCUUUACUUCGGAUGAGGGAUUGUGACCUGGAGAAGGUAGGUAUCUCACAGCUGGGAGUGCGAAAGCAAAUCCUGGAAGCUGUUGGGCAGCUACACAAGAAAGAGUGGGAUGCAUCAAACCUUAACGAGCAGUUUGCUACAGCCAUUGGUAUAAAUGAAGCAACGGAGAUUCUUGGCAAUGUUGCCAAACAUACUUCUUAUAUUACUGCCACUGUAGAAUAUGUAGCAAGACAGAUUGCUGGUAAUCCUCAAAUGAUUGACCCGAGUCCACUUGUCGAGGCAACACGAAACUUCACUUCUGAGUUAGAGCGGGCUUGUCACUCUGUUGACAAUCUCAGACAAGAAACUGAAGGUCUACGCGAACAACUUCACUUCAUCACCAAUGUGAAGCAACAGCAGCUAGACAGAAGACAAAGGAAAUGGUCAGUUGUUCAUGUUGGACUGUUAGCAGUGGCAGCUAUUGUUAUUGGCCGCGAAGUUUAUGCUCGACUUUUGUGA